UAGUAAGGUGCAAGAUCCGUUGCAGGAGAGGUGUUGGCUCUCUGGCUCCGCAGCCACUGCUUUCACGGGAGCCCGAGCCACUGGCCCCGCCGCCGCCGCCGCCGCGCUGCCUUGGCUUCCACCGCCCUCCUCUUUCCACCUCUUUCUUUGCUUGCUCACCGAUCUGAUCGUUUACUCUUCCUCUUGGCGCCGUUCGUUCAUUCGUUCCCCGUCGCUUCUCUUCAUCAGUCGGACGGAGAAUAUUAACAUUUCACUUUGACUUCAUAUUUAUCAUUUUUCCUGUUUUGGUGGAACUCAAUCAAACAUUAUUUUAACGAUAUAAAUAGUGUCUUUUAUCAGCUCAGUAGUCUGAGCCACGCAUAGUACAAGAGUACGUUCUGUUGUCGUGGCUUCAAAUUUUGCCAUAGGAUAAAAAUCGCACGAAGAACUGUACUGUCAGUAUUGCAAAUAGUAGAAAAUUCAAGACCAAAGGAAAACAAUCGGUAAAAAAAAAUAGUUACAAAUCACCAUGAUCUUGUAACUAUGCACUUGGAACAGAAAUGAUUCAAAAGAGAAUCGUUCGAAAAUGAGAUAAAAUGAACAAAAUACAAAAUAAAUAGAAGCUCAUGAGAGAACUGUGUGAUUCUGGCGUUUAUGUUAUGACGGAGCAGCGACCUUAGAAGACUUUGGUGUACAGAUUUUGAAGAUGGAGCCUAAGAUUUUCAAGUUUCUUCUUUUGAUUGCUGUUCUCGUCCAAUAUGUCGGCGUGAGCGGCCGUCGUCAUGACAACAACGCCUUCAGAUCUAACAAACACAGAAGAAGAGAGCUCAUUGUAGGACCCAACAGCAACAACUACGACAUGGCAAUUACCGCUCAGUCGCAAAAUAACACUAUGGUCUCCGCACAAGUUGGUGGCACUGCUCACAUAAGAUGUUACACUCAUAUCCACGGUGACGAAUUGGUAACUUGGUUAAAAAAGGACGAAGACACCAUCCUGACAGCUGGAGGGCAGGUCUAUUCCUCGGAGACUCGGUAUUCUGUGGCUCACGUCAGACAUCAGCGGAUUUGGGAACUUUCGAUAAGAGAGGUAAAAUUAACAGACGCAGGCCUCUACGAAUGCCAGAUAGCAACCCAUCCGUUUACGUCUUACUUCUUCAACUUAAAAGUUGUAGAGGCAAGAGCUGUCAUCUUCGGAGGCCCCGAAAUCCACAUUCACACUGGGAACCAAUUACGUCUCCAGUGCUCGGUGCAAAAUGCCACAGAGCCUCCGGUCUAUAUAUUUUGGUUCCACAAUAACAGUAUGGUUAAUUACGAGGCCAAGCGACCAUUAGAGGUCAUUGUCAGUCAUCAUUACUCAAGCACAUUGGUAAUUAGCAAUGUCACGUGGUGCGAUGCUGGGUCGUACCGAUGUGAACCUCAUAAUGCAGUUCCGUCGAACGUAACAGUGCAUGUUGUGGAAGGAGAAAAGCAGGCGGCGCUUUACAAAGGACAGAAAGAAAGUGGCUCUUCUGAAAGUGGAACGGCUUCUUCUUCAUCUGCAUCAAUCACUAUAACUUGUCGGGUGGCUGUGGUAAUGCAGUUGCUCAUCACGGCUUAUGGUUCUUAUUGGAUUCGGAUAUUACAUUCCCUUCAAGGAGCAGCCAGUGACAACGAAGCAUCGGUUCUAUAGUCGAAUGAAGAAUAUCGACGACUUUUAUUGUCCUUGACUCACGAAUAGAAUGUGUGUCUUAUUAUUUGCCUGAAAAUGAUCUUUUAUAAUAUAUAUCUUGUGCGUUCCGGAGAAGUGAAAAAAUGCGUGGUUUCAUAUAUGCAAGAACGAGCGCACACGACGGUAGAGAAAAAACUUCACGUCUUAGCGGCUCUUGCAGUGAACAUCUUUUCAUUGUAAUGGAUAAUAAAAUGUUUUCUAUGGGUGAAAUUGGUGAAGGUGAAAUUUGUGGAAUAAAUAGCUUGUAAAUCUACUGAUAACUAUAAGUUAAUACAUGGCAGAGUUUUUAUAAGUGUAAGAAUUAAGGUUUUUUUUUUUACGAAGAAUUUUAUUAUGGAUAUCUGGAAAACUACUCCUUAUGAGUCAAUAUCAAGUAGUUACCAGGGUAACAUGGAAUGAAAUGGGUGAAACAUUAUGUUUAAGGUAAAUAAAAUCAUAUGGUACAAUCUAAAUUACUUAGUGAUCACUAAAAAUAAUAUGCUAUGCUGUGUAUCCUAUAUAAACCAUAAGGCUCCAGGACUACUCAGACAACCUCAGUGUUU